UCAUUACAUUUGACGACGAUAAUCAGUGUAGCUAAAUUGAUACAAAAAGAAUCAGUGAAAAAAUCCUCUGGUAUGAGUGAGGCUUAAGGUUGCCAAGAAAGUCAAAACGUAAAGUUGACCUUGACCUUGGCCGUGUAGUUUCUACCAAUCAAAUCCCUUGAAUUUAGUCACUCCAUAUAUGUGUUUAUGCCGAGCGACAGUUUUGAAAAGUCUUCAUUUUUAUCAUAGUCCAAGCCUUACUGAGGUGCAAUGGGAACAAGGUUGAAACAAAGAGGUGUACCAACACUCCAACCUAUCAUAAGGACAAAUAUCACUGAAGUGGAUGUUGGAGAAAGACCUAAACUUAGGCGUAGAGUGAAAGGGGCUGGACCACUUGGAGGGAAACGCGGGGCAAUCAGAACUGUGUCUGCUACUAGCAAUUCUACUCUGGGGACCACAAGCCCUAUGCAAUCCCCAUCUCCAAGUUCAGAUAUUAUCAAUGGUGAUGUAGAAUUGGAGGGCCAAGAUGUACUUUUCACUAAUAUCCCAAGUGGCAGAGAAAAAUCAGCCAAUAGAAGGAAGGAAUUAGAAGAACGAUUGCCAUCUAGGAAAAUAAAUGAAUUAACUUUAAAAAUGGUGUUGGAGGGCAGUCAAGAAAGUGACCUUAAUAAGAUAUAUGAAGUAGAUGUUUCUGGAGUAAACAUUGCAAAAAUACAGAACUUAAACAGGUUGAAAAAGCUGAGGGUUCUGAACCUUUCCAGUAAUUACAUAGAAAAAAUUGAAAACUUGUAUGACAAUACAGAUCUGAGAGAACUUAAGCUGUAUGAUAAUGAUAUCACCACUCUAGGUCUGCUAGGUUUAACAGACUUAAAAGAACUAUGUCAUUUACAACUUCAACAUAAUAAAAUAAAGUCUAUAGGUAGAAAUUUGUGCAAACUGCGAAAACUGAAAAUCCUACGUAUAGAUAGUAACUACAUAUUGAAGUUGGAACCGGGGGAGUUUGCUGGAUGUCCCGCUCUCACUAGUCUUGAUAUCAGUAACAAUAGGAUAGACAACAUAGCAGCUUUGAAUAGUUUACCUAACUUAGAGGAACUUGUCUGUGUAAACAAUCGUCUCAGAACAGUGCCUGAUUUACAGAGGUGUAAAAAGCUCAUUGAUGUCGAUCUCUCUGCCAAUAGACUCACUGAUGUAUCAGGAUUAAAGGGACUGCCUUGCUUAUCAGUUGUACAUAUAUCACAUAAUAACUUAUCCAGUGUUAAAGGUUUAGGAAAAUUAAAAAACUUACGAGAACUGAAUAUUGCUCACAACAGAAUAACAGACCUGCAACAUAUAGCUGACCAGUUCCCUAACCUGGAGAUAUUAGAGAUUAGCGACAAUAACCUCUCUCAGUGGAAACAUAUGAAAAAUCUUUCAACUCUUGAAUGGCUGGUGGAGCUGUAUAUAUCAGGGAAUUCACUUUGUAAAACUGACAAACCAUACAGCCAUACUGAUGUGCAGGAGAUUCUGCCACAUCUUGAAAUAUUAGAUGGGGCUCAUCUAAAGAAGUCUGUGAGUCAACCUAGGGGGGCCACUCCUCUUAUGAGACCAAUGUCAGCUAACAGUGUUGUCAGUGCCAGACUGGUAGAAAGUCAGCUGAAAAGCCUGGAGGCAGAAAUAGGAACAUUUGAAUCUACAUUUGCAGAAAAGUUUGAUGCCCUAAAAAUGAGUUUUGACACAUUGCCAGUAGAGCCUCCUCCCUCCAGUAGAAUGAGUGGUGCAGGCAGCAGACUCUCCACAGCUAGCAGCCUAGAUAGACCAGUCAGCAGGUGUAGCAGGUCUGAUUCCUGGUAUCUGCAAACUCGCUCCAAACUGAUGCAUGUUAGAAAGAAGUGGGACACUUUUAAGUCGGUCGAGAAUUAAAGAUGCCAAAUCAUUUGCUGAACAACAUUUCAAUUGAUGGAUGAAUGGUGACCAGUGCAAAAUGAAAGCUUUAAUACUUUAAACAUUCAACUUUAUCAAAACAUCAAUGUGGACUGUAGCGUAUUGCUGUAUGCCUGGUGUCAGCACUAGCUGAUCAGAACAGAGUUAAGAUAUAUAAAAAAAAUGAUUGGACAGUCUGAGUCUAAGGCACAUUGUGACAUCUAUAUAGUAUUGACAGAGUGGAAUUCACAAUAUCCUAGACAACAAAAUUCACAAUUCUAUUUAGAAAGUUAGAAAUUUUUCUCUAUCUCCUGUUUCCAAAUAUAGUAUUUACAGUUGGAUUCCUUCUCACUCAUGCAGUGGUGUAAAACUGUAUUGUUCAAGGAUGUUGCUGGCUGAGCAAAUCACAUUUCUAUGAAUGCAAAAUAUUAACUAAAGUCUUCAAGACUACUCACAUUCCGGAAGUGUUACUUCAGUACAAAUCAGCAUUGUGAACCAUUGCAUUAUGCUUGGUAUUUAGUGGCAUUAUUUUGAUUUAAUGGCAUUAUCUAUCAAAUUUUAAUAAUAUUCAUACCAUACUUUCAUCUAUAUUUAUGGAUCUGGUUGCAAGGAUCACUAAUUGCAUUUAAUUGUCAUUUUCAUGCCGUUAGUUUAUGGUUUUGUGUAGUGUGCUAUGUAUAAGAACAUGUACAUUGUAUGUACAAAUUGUAAAAAUAAUGAUGUUUAAAAAUACAAG